AUAGACACGGUAUAACAUUGUCUCGGCAUUAGCUGCGUUGCUUGUAUAGCUUAACCAUUCACUCUGUUCUGUUGUGUAUAUAGAGUAGUUCUUGUCACUGUCACUGUCUCUAGCUUUAGCCUAUAAAACCUACAUACGAAAUCACUAUGCAUGGAAGCGGCGGAACAACAGAAAGUGAGGAUCAGAAAUCAAUCACGGAAACGCGAAAAAAUGCGUUGCCAGCUCUUGAAGAAGCUUUUAAAGCAGUCAUAGAAAAAGUGGGAGAAGAUCCAAGUCGACAAGGUGUGGUGAAAACGCCGCAAAGAGCUGCUAAAGCAAUUUUAUUUUUUACUCAAGGAUACGAGCAAAAUAUAGCAGAUUUAGUAAACGAUGCGAUAUUUGACGAAGAUCAUGAUGAGCUGGUGAUUGUUAAAGAUAUUGAUAUGUUUUCACUCUGUGAACACCACCUCGUUCCUUUCGUCGGAAAGGUUUCCAUCGGUUAUUUGCCUAAUAAAAAAGUUCUCGGACUGAGUAAGUUGGCCAGAAUUGUGGACAUGUAUAGUAGACGAUUGCAAGUUCAAGAGCGACUGACAAAGCAAAUUGCCACGGCAAUAGCAGAUGCUAUAAAUCCUACAGGAGUCGGUGUGAUAGUGGAAGCACAGCAUAUGUGCAUGAUGAUGAGAGGAGUGGAAAAGACAUCAGCAACAACUUCAACAAGCUGCAUGCUAGGAAUGUUUCGUGACGAUCCGAAAACUCGUGAAGAAUUUCUUUCUCUCACAUGUAGAAGAUAGCAGAGCACAUAUUUCUUGCAAACAAAUACUCAAUAAAUGUUUAUCGACCGAAAAAAAAACGAAAUUAAUUCAUAGCCUGUCAUGAUAUUUAUAAAAGUUGUGAAAAAAUUGUGCAAUACUGCUGCAGUCUUUUGUUGUCGGUUGCAAGUUAUCCUUUUGUAUUCAAUUUGACAUGCAAUUUCAAUCGAUGCUGUGCUGAACAUUUUUACUAAUAGAAACUAUGAUAUAUUUUUAUUUAUAAUUUCAAAAAAUUUACAAAUAGAAAAUAUUUGACAUACAAUUUGGAUGUCAUAAAAAGAUCAAUAACACAAAAACGUUUUAUUAUUGAGAGGUACAAAGAAAACUUGAUUUGGUUCAAAGGUUUCGAUGAUAAGGACUUUGCUAUGAGUUUGAGCAAACAAUAAGAAAAGGUUCUAUAGAAAUCUUUAUAUUUUGUUAAUACUUCAAUAUAGAAUGUAUUCAGUGAAAUGAGUGUACAAUUCUUUAUUUGUUUGCAUAUUGCUGGGCAAAUAAUAGUGCAUAGUAUGCUAUUAUGUUUAAUGCAUUUUUAUCCAUUAAAUGGAACUGAUAAAACAUUUGA